GUCAUUAGUGUCAUUUUGUAGUGGAUCCAUAUCAGCAGGAUCCUCUUGAAUAUAAAUAUUUUUAGUUUUCUUAUCUUGAAAAACAAUUUUGAUAACUAUUAAUAAACAGUUGAAGAAGUAUAUUUACAAGUGAUGGACCACAUUAAAACUCCGAAGAUUGAAAAUGUUCGUAUGCUAGAUAGGUAUUCUAAAACACCCUCUCAUGGAACGUUAUAUGUUACUGCCACUCAUUUAAUUUUCGUUGAUCCAGAUGCAAAGAAGGAAACCUGGAUUCAUCAUAUGCAUAUUGCAAGUCUAGAAAAGCUCCCACUUUCAACAACUGGUUCGCCUCUUCUAAUACGAACAAAAACCUUCUUGUCUGUGACAUUUGUGAUACCCAAGGAAAGAGAUUGUCACAGCGUUUACGUCACCCUACAACAAUUGUCACAACCGGCGAAAGUUGAUCAGUUGUAUUGUUUUUCAUAUACUCCUCCUAUAGAAGAGAUCCAGAGACCCGUGGGGUGGAGUUUUCAUGAUUUGCAAUCUGAAUACCAAAGAAUGGGAGUGCCAAACGAGCAAUGGUGUUUGACAAAUUUGAACAAAGGUUAUGACUUAUGUGAUACUUACCCUCAACAUUUAUACGUGCCGAGCAAAGCAACCAGUAACAUACUGACGGGUAGCUCGAGGUUUCGCUCAAAAGGAAGGUUGCCAGUUCUUUCGUUCUUGUAUAAAAACAAAGCGAGUAUCAGUAGGUGUAGUCAGCCGUUAUCGGGAUUCAGCGCAAGGUGUUUGGAGGACGAAAAGAUGAUGAAUCACAUUCUGAAGACGAAUCCUAAUGCUACCUACAUGUAUGUUGUGGAUACACGGCCAAAGAUUAAUGCAAUGGCCAAUAGAGCUGCAGGUAAAGGUUAUGAAAACGAAGCCUUUUACGAAAAUAUAAAAUUUCACUUUUUGGGAAUUGAAAAUAUACAUGUUAUGAGGAACAGUCUCUCUAAGGUUGUUGAAACUUGCGAACAAAGAAAUCCCACAAUGGCGAGCUUCCUUAGCGGCCUCGAAUCCAGUGGCUGGUUAAGACACAUUAAAUCCAUAUUGGAUACAUCCCUGUUUAUAGCUGAGGCUCUUCUGGAAGGUAUAAGUGUUUUAGUGCAUUGCUCAGAUGGAUGGGAUAGAACGGCUCAAGUGUGUUCGCUUGCCACAGUUUUAUUGGAUCCAUUUUAUAGGACAAUUUCUGGUUAUCAGACUUUGAUCGAAAAAGACUGGUUAGCUUUUGGUCACAAGUUUUCCGAGAGGUGUGGUCACAUUCAGACGGAAAACAAAGAGAUAUCACCUAUUUUUACGCAACUUUUGGACGCCACAUGGCAGUUGAUGCAACAGUUUCCCAUGUCGUUUCAAUUUAACGAGACAUUUUUAUUUACGUUGCACGACCACGUGCACUCAUGCCAAUUUGGAACUUUCGUUGGAAAUUGUGAAAAAGAUAGACUGGAAUGGAGGUUGUCUGAGAGAACGUUUUCACUCUGGGGAUAUAUGGCCAAUCAUCUGAACGAGUACAUAAAUCCUUUAUAUAGUGCCGAAGAGAGUCCGGAAAUACUUUUGCCAAAUUUAAUACCACAAAAUAUCAAGUUUUGGAGAAGUAUGUAUUGCAGAUUUGAAAGCGGUGUUCAUCCUAGAGAACCUCAAGCAGAUUUGCUGUUAGUUACCUCCGAUUACGCAUUUUCACUAGAUGAGCAUGUUAAAUAUUUAACCAAGAGACUAUCAUCUGUGAAAUCCCUUAUAACUCGAACCGUUGAAAAGAAAAAGAACAAACCAAAACGAGAUCAACUUUGCAAUAACGUUUACUUGGAUAACAAAACUCAAUAUGAAAAAAAAGCUUCCAGAGAAAUGGAAAGUGCCGAUCAAGAUCAUCCGCUAAAGAAUCAACAUAAGGUAUCAGAAGAACUUUUGGAUAUGGAUCUUCUAGCCAAAGAAGUAGACUCUGUAGCGGUUGAUUGGAAACCAUUGAGAAAUGCCACGGAGUGUAGUUGUUCGCUGUCGCUCGAUCAAAUUAGUAAAAAGAUGCACUGUCGGAAAUGUGGAGAUAUCUUCUGCCAACGUUGCAUAACCAAAAAAGUCGCUCUUCCCGGACAUUUGUCACAGACGCCAGUACCUGUUUGUAAGCCUUGCUUUGAUACCGUCACAUCACCAGCACACACUUAGCAUAUAGACUACUAAUGAGAUGAUAAGAAGAAUUGUGAUUUAGUUGUUGGUAUUUAGAUUGCAUGUUAGUUUCACUUUCAAGAAGACAUUACAUUUCUCUAUUCACAGCUGAAGUAAAAAUAUAUUGGCUGAAAAAACAGAACUUUGAUUAAAUAAAUCUAACUUAAAAGCAGAUGCUUUGUAGAUCUGUAAAUGUUGGUGCAAUGUAAUGAUUUCUUUGCUAAUCAAACAGGGAAUAUUUAUUAAAUGUAUAUUCAAAAUGACUUAUAAGUAUUUACACAUGACUGAAACGUUAGUAUUUUAUAUUCGGGUCUUUCAACAUUUUUGUUGAAAAAAAUAUUUUGCACAAUUUUAAUGGAAUUUGUAACAGUUCUUCAAAGUUAUGGGUACAGUUAAGACGAGUUUUUUCACAUAGUUUUCCUAAUUUGCUUAGAUAUAUCUAAGUUUUUUAUUGAUGUAUUAUAUUUCAGGUAAAUUAUGUUACUAAUAAUGUUUGACAACAUUUGUUUCAAAUGUUGUCAAAACUUUCAAACGUUAUCCAUCAAACGCCAUCUAUCAAACGUCAACUGCCAACAGUCAUGUCUUCUGAAUCUUCCCUUUAACGCAAUUCCUAAAAACACUUACAAGUCGUUAAAUAUUGGACCUACUUUUCAAUCCCAUUUAUAUUUAGAAAAGUGUCAAUGACAGCUUUGAAACAAGCGAAUUGUAUAUAUUCAGUAUUUUUCUAAUCUUUUCGUCAAUCGUACCGAGGUAGGCAACCUCAGUAUCUCUAUUUGAUGAACCCAAUAUAUAAAAUUGAUAUGGUUAUCUUACAAUUUUACUAGUCUCGAAAUAUAAUAAUUUUAAACAGUUAUUUACGAAUGUAAUAUACGUUUGAUUAUUCCCUGCUAUUAUGCACUUUUUAAACAAUAUGUAAUAUAUGAUCUAUAUUU